UCAAAACAUUUACGUGAAUGCCAUUAAGCCAUUUUAACUUCUUUUCAUAGUCAGCUAAUUCUGUUUCCGCCCUGUUAGUAAUUUAGUUAUAAAUAGGUUUUAUUUGGUUAUUUAUCUACAUAGUGGAUUGAACGAAAUGUCAUCCAACACGGAAGCAAGUGGCUCACAACAAAUAAGCGACCCAAAUAAGCGGCAAGAAAAUGGAAGUGGCGAUUGCAGGAAAAUUGCUUUGAUAACCGGCAUAACUGGGCAGGACGGCUCGUAUUUGGCUGAGUUUCUCUUAAAGAAAAACUAUGAAGUCCAUGGAAUUAUUCGUCGUGCUAGUACUUUCAACACUUCUCGUAUUGAGCAUCUUUAUGCCAACCCUGUAGCACAUCAAGGAGGGAAAAUGAAACUGCAUUAUGGUGACAUGACAGAUAGUAGUAGUUUGGUGAAGAUCAUCAGCAUGGUAAAGCCAACAGAAAUUUAUAAUUUAGCUGCACAAUCUCAUGUAAAAGUGUCCUUCGAUUUGAGUGAAUAUACUGCCGAAGUAGAUGCUGUAGGCACAUUAAGAAUUCUAGAUGCUGUUCGUACAUGUGGUAUGGAAAAAGCUGUACGAUUCUAUCAGGCUUCCACAUCAGAGUUGUACGGAAAGGUGGUAGAGACACCACAAAACGAGAAGACACCGUUUUACCCGCGGUCACCUUACGCUUGUGCCAAGAUGUACGGCUUUUGGAUAGUUAUUAACUAUCGUGAAGCAUAUAAUAUGUACGCAUGUAAUGGCAUAUUGUUCAAUCACGAAUCCCCACGUCGUGGUGAAAAUUUCGUGACACGCAAAAUAACGCGUUCGGUGGCGAAAAUAUUUCAUCAACAAUUGGAAUCUUUCGAAUUGGGUAAUCUCGACUCGAAACGUGAUUGGGGUCACGCAAUGGAUUAUGUGGAGGCCAUGUGGAUGAUGUUGCAAUUGGAAAAACCUGCUGAUUUUGUGAUUGCCACCGGUGAAACGCACAGCGUUCGUGAAUUUGUCGAAGAGUCUUUCAAAUUCAUUGGCCGAGAAAUAGUUUGGCAAGGCGAAGGGGUUGAUGAAGUGGGUAUCGAAAAGGAUACCGGCGUUGUGCGUGUACGUAUUAAUCCGAAGUAUUUCCGUCCAACAGAGGUGGAUUUGUUACUAGGUGAUUCGAGUAAAGCCCGUAAAGAGCUUAAAUGGUCACCUAAAGUUACAUUUAAAGAAUUAAUUAAGGAUAUGAUGGAAGCGGAUAUUGAACUCAUGAAAAGGAAUCCAAUUGCCUAAACUAGUGAUUGCUUACAUAAGUGUGAUUUAUUUGUGACUUUGACGAUAGUACAAUCGUUUCUUUUUAUGAAAGCACAAAUAUAGUUUAGCAACGGAUGGCGUAUAUAAUUUGUAUUAUACAUAAUCAUUUAUGUAGUUAGUAUAUAAGUCCUUUGACAUUUUGUUUAAUUUUAUAGUUUGCUACAUAAUAUAUAUUGUAGGUAUGUGUUUUUAUUGUAUUUAUAAAUAUUUUAUACAAUUUGCAUUCCAAAGCAAAACAAUUGUAUUAUGUGUGCAAUAAAUGUGCUUUACAGUUCAAAAGAUA